UGGUCACGCGCGGAGACUCCGGCUCGGCGCAGUCCUACUCCGCCGCCCUGCGCGCCAGCAGAAGAAAAUUACCAUGUCUUCUUCCAGACUGGGGCUCCGUUUGGCUGUCUGUUUAUUAAACAUUUCAGAAGCCAGAAGAAAAUACAUUGUUGAGAACGUAGCCAAAGCAGCUCUUCUUGAAAAAAAUGGACAGAAACAUGCUGAGGUAUCAGUGCUCAACAUAUUUUCUGAUCAAGAGUACAACAGAUCAGUCAUUACAAUAGCAGCUUCUGUUGCUGAGUUAGGCAAUUCCAUUCUGGCUGCCUGCCUGGAGGCCUUCCAGUCAAUUGAUAUGGAGGUUCAAGAG